CAAUUCCGUAUUAACUGACCCGCCCAACUGGACGUCAAGAUGGGCAAUCAAAUCUCCUCGUUCGUUGAAGACGCUUUCAAUCGCAUUAAAGACAAGGCCAUAGCUGUUCUCCGAUCCAUUCUCCCUCCGGUCGUCCAGUAUGCGGUCCAGCAUCCAAUACAGACCGUGACACAUAUCGCUUGCGCUACACUCUUCCUCGUCCCCAGUCUGAUCGUCGCACCUGUGCUAUCGAUUCUAGGAUUCACUAGUGUGGGUGUUGCAACCGGAACGAUAGCCGCUGGCGUUCAAUCAAUUAUAGGACCGGUGAUGGCAGGCGGGAUGUUCGCGACUUUGACGAGUGCGGCGAUGGGUGGAUAUGGUGCAGCUACCGUUGCUGGGGUUGUGAGUGGUGCUGCUGUAGUGGCGGAGGGGAUCAAUGUCGCGGUUGAGGCUGCCAAUGAAGCUAAUUGGGACAAUGGGGACAGUGGGGGUGAAGAGUGAGGCGGACUGAGAUGUUUGUACUAGGGUUGGGGAGACGUGUUGAGACUGCAAUCUGUGGAA